AAGCUAGGUAACGUUAACUCGUCCACGUGACUGCUGCUUCCAUGAAGUCAGAUAGUUAGUGCGAACCUGCUACUGUGUUCCCUGCGAGACCGAGACGUGACGGGCGGCAGUUGUGGCGCGGUAGCUGACAGAGAGAGGGGCUGGGUUUCUAGAGCUGAGUAACACAAGAGACAAGAGUUGUUGAGCGGACAACGUGGAACCAGAGGGGGGUUUGAAGCGAAAUGCGACUCUAUAUUCACGGUAGAUAACAGGAUCACUCUGGUAGCUGGAAGUUGGCGGGACAGUGUUGAAAAUUUGACGUUUGAAGGCUCGACCUGCACGUGGAACACAAACGUAAAUCAGCUCCCAAAAGUGGAAGAGUCCAGCCCAGCUCUCCUCUGUCUCUCCCGUGAGUGUCCUGUCCCAAGAUGGAGGUCAAGACGGCCAUCAACAGGGAGAUCUUCACGCCACACGAUGAGAAGAUGCUGGUGGCGGUGCAGGUGGCGAGCCAGAAAAGAUCCUUCCUGUACGGGAAUAAAGGAGACUACUCCACCUUCAUCUGCAUAUCAAAAACCAAAAAGAAGCCGUUCCAUGUGUCCAUCACCAAAGUGAAGAAGUUCGAGGGCUCCAUGGCAUUCGUGCGGCGCUCCCAGUGGUCUAUCGCCCAGCUGCGCCAGGUCAAUGGGAUCGACCCCAACAGAGACUCUCCGGAGUUCGAUCUGACCUUUGACACCGCGUUUGACCAGUGGGUGGCCAGUUCGUGCGGGGAGAAGGGCAUCUUCGUCCAGGUGCUUCACACUACCUGUCAGCAACACUGCUCGGAGAGGAAGCCAGAGUUCGUCAACUGCCAGGCACACCUGCUGAGAGGUAACAGCAUCCUUCACACGGCGGCGGACAGCGUGACGAGUGCGGUGCAGAAGGCGAGCCAGGCGCUGAACGAGCGCGGGGAGAGGCUGGGCCGCACCGAGGAGAAGACCAGCGAGAUGAUGAACAGCGCACAGCAGUUUGCAGACACCGCACACAAGCUGGCGAUGAAGCACAAGUGUUAGGCCGCGGUCAUGAUGCCAAACCUCCGGGCCGAAGGGACCUACUGAAGAGCACCUGCCUCUCGAACACCAACAACACGUUUCCACGUUUCCAAACCUUUCUAUCGGUCUCAUCUUUUAACAACACCUGUAUUGUUGACAGUGUCAUGAUUUUAAACACACGUUACUGUGCCCACGCCAAGACUUCUCGUUGAGGUGGUGGAGAGAUGGUGUAGCGAGCAAACUUUUAUGAAACUUCAACCCUAUGACCCAGCGAGGUGACCGGAGACCUGUGGUACCAGAGAAGUGACCUGCAGUACUGUUUGUCAAAGCCAGGGGGUGCUGUGGCACAGAGGGAGCCAUGUCAGAGUGAGCACCGUGGGGAUUUCAAAAAUAAACACUUUAACUAGCGGUUUAGACUAGUGUUUUUAACAAUUUGUGUAGUUAGAUUUAGAUUAUAUUUGAUGGUGUCUUCCAUGCAUUUCAGACUAUACCAGAUGAGUAUUUUAAAAAGUGACAGGAGCCUGGUACUCCUUCCCCAGCUUAGGCUGGAAUAGGUUCUGAUCUUGCUCUAGAUCCGACAAUACGUUGGAUGCUUUGCCUGCAUAUGAUGAGGGAUAAUUGCUAUAAGGAGAGGGUUUCAGGGAGUGGAUGAUGGCCUUCACCGCACCGAGACUGCUGUGAAAGACUGGCUUUAUUUGGGAGCUUUCACAGUAAUUGCCAAUAGCAUCAGAUUCAAUACUGCAUUGAGAAGCCCUUGCACACUGCAUUGAGAAGCCCUUGUGUUGCUGUAGCACCGAGCACAUACUAACAUUUGGAAUUGGACAUGCUUCUCUCUAUUUCCUCUUUUCAAUGUAUCUCCAAACUAAAGCAACUCCUGUAAGCUCGAUAACAUACACUUUUCACCAUAAUGUUGGUGAAACCAAUAACUAUGUCAUGCAAUAAUAAAUUUGCCCGUGAGAUGCCCAGACAGUAUGUGGGCAUGUUCAUGUAUGCCAACCCUCCAUUGGCAGAAAGCCCACAGAGGCUCAGUGUGUUGUCGUCAGGUGUUGCUUUGUCUGUUCUGUGCUGUAGUGUGAUGGCAUUCCUUGGUUGUAGAUAUUGACGUGUUUUGAGGACAGUAAGGUUUUUACUGUGCCAUAAUUACUCAACAUCUCUCUGCAAUUUACUAUGGAGAUGAUCACUCCAUUUUUAACAUUUGGAUACCUUUUUUUUUGGAGAAAGUUAUGUAAAUAUCAAUACGGGGUACUUGAAAAAUGAAGUAAGGAAACCGAAUAAGUUUGUUACUAAGCCUCGAGACAGAGUAUAGUAUGUCAAACACACACACACACAGACACACACACAUACAUGCACACACACAGUUUUGGGGUGGAGUGGGAUGGGGUAUGAUGGGAUAGUUGGGUGGGCUGGAGGGUGUUGGCUUGGGGAUAACAGAAGUUUCAGAUUUAGAGUUUAAAAACACGAUGAAUGAAUGACUUUUAAUUCAGAUUUAAACUUUAAAAACACGAUGAAUGAAUUACUUUUAAUUCAGAUUUAGAGUUUUAAAACACGAUGAACGAAUGACUUUUAAUUCACAUUUCACCUUAAUGUAGUGCUUGGAGGAGUUAGCACUGCACUUCCUGUCUGUGAAUGAUAACAGGAAGUGCUCAGCCGUCCUGUGGCUUCAGUGUUUAUGAGUCCGUAACGCUCACUGUUCGAAACAACAGUUCUCACCGAAAUUAGAUGCUUUUAUGUGGAACAACCACAUUCUCUCUGUUUACUUGUUUUUUUAUAAUAUAUAUUGAGAUUUUAUAUAUUUUUUUGCUGUUAGAAUACACUGACAACAUAACCUUUGCAGAGCACUGUCCGCUAGACAGCUUUUUGGCUACAGUAGUUGCCUCUCGGUGUUUGUAUCAUUUCUUUUAUAAGUUUGGAUAUUUAUCCUUGUAAUAAUAAACAAAAUAUAUAAUAACAAAAGUAUUCAAAUGUUAACAUGGUUGACUCAGCAUUAUUGUUAUUGACUUUAUUUUUGUUUAUGUUUUUGUUUUUGUUUUUCUGGUGAACGUGCUCUAGAUGCUCCUGUGUUUGCCUGUGCUUCUUCCUGUUCCCUCACCUUUUCAAAACGUGACUAAUGACGUUGUUCACUAUCGUUUCACAUUUGACAUUCUGCUUUUGGUAACCUGAUUAAAAAGAUUUUAAAUAUAAUUUAUGUGUAUUAAAUAACUCAAAAGAUGA